AUGCAGAAUAAAGAAAGUUCUGAAAAACCUAAUAUCAAUCAAUUGGUAGAAUUACCUGAAAAUUUUGAUAACAUAAUUCAAAUCACUAAUAACAUUGAUCGUUUGUUUUCAUUUUCAUUCAAUGAUAAUUUAGUAAAUGAUUCUCAAAAUAAAGUUGUCGAAAAAUUGUGUAAUAUAUAUAAUGAAGAAAGGGCAAACAGUGAAAAUAUAGAAUCAAUUCUUAAU